CGUCUGAUCGUAGCUUCGAGGAGGCCCAGCGUAUCCGUGAGGCUGCCAUGAAGGCGCACGCAGAGGUCUCCAUCAGAGGUAGCCUUUGGAUCAACAUGCGCGGGGCGCUGUGGAAGUGCAGUCGGCUCCAGUGCAAGUUGGCCACUACAGAAGAGUCUCGCGGGCAGGAUAUUCAAAACAUGCUGCUCGACGACAUGCGCGCGGACCUCCUGGAGUUCCCAG